GCUGUAUGUUACGGCGUUCCAUUCAAUUACGGAAUAUCAAAAGGCUUUAUCCAUAUACUCCAAAUCUUGUAUUUGAUUAUUUUAGAUGGUUUCUUUGUAUCGUUUACAGGCGAACUUGUAAUUGUACUACGAAGGACAGAACUGGGUUUUAAAUUUUUUCACAGAGAUCAAUUUUAUUGCUGUGUUUUCUCCAGAUCGAAGGGUAUUUCUACAAUUAAAGUCACUCAGGUUGGCUUCGUUGGCUGGGGAUCGGGGUAUUCCGCACUCUCAAUUGGAACACCUUUAAGUGUUUCUUUAGGAAGACAGUGAGUAACAGAGAUGAAGCCUGUGUAUUGUGGGAACUUGGAGUAUGGGGCUCGGCAUUCAGAGGUUGAGCGUUUGUUUUCCAGAUAUGGAAGAGUUGACAGGGUAGAUGUCAAGUCAGGCUUUGCUUUUAUCUACAUGGAUGAUGAGCGUGAUGCAGAGGAUGCCAUCAGAGGGCUGGACAAAACAGAAUUUGGCAGGCAGAGACGUCGACUGUGUGUGGAGUGGACAAAGCAAGCAGACCGAGGUAGUCAUCGCUCUGAAAAUGGCAAACGAUCUUCAAGAAAUUUGAAACCAGCAAAGACAUUGUUUGUGAUAAAUUUUGAUCCUGCUAAUACUAUGGUUAGGGACCUUGAAAGACAUUUUGAGCCAUAUGGAAAGGUGCUCAAUGUAAGGAUGAGGAGGAAUUUUGCUUUCAUUCAAUAUGAAUCACAAAAAGAAGCAACAAAGGCUUUGAAUUCCACUGACAACAGCAAGGUGUUAGAUAAGGUUAUAUCUGUGGAGUAUGCUCAGCGUGAUGAUGGUGAUAGGGGAAGUUAUGGGCGCUCUGCAGAAAAUCGUGAUCGAUCUUUAAGUCCUAAAUAUGAUAGACGUCCAGUGAGGGGCAGCCCUGAUUAUGGUAGGGCUACAAGUCCUGUUAAUGCACGACGCCCAGAGAGGGACAGUCCUGAUUAUGGGAGGGCUGCAAGUCCUGUUAAUGCACGACGCCCAGAGAGGGACAGUCCUGAUUAUGGUAGGGCUGUAAGUCCUAUUAAUGCGCGACGUGCAGAGAGUGGUAGUCCUGAUUAUGGUAGGGCUGCAAGUCCUGUUUAUCCGCGACGCUAUGGGAGGGUUAGUCCAGGCUAUGCCAGAGCUUCUAGCCCUAUCCAUGAACGAUACCGAAGCCGAUCACCUUUGAAGCGAUCAAGAUCCUGAAAGAAUUAUGGAGCAUGAUUGUUUCCUACGAAGGCAGUUUUGAAAAUUGAUGUCACAUAAUUUGUUGAACAUGUAUAUUCUUAUUUUUACAUCUAAAGCAGGGCAUCUGUUAUUUGGAGGGGUACGAUGAUAUUGAAUCUGAAGUCUUGCAUGUAUCUGGUUCUAUUGUGUUGGAACACUGUUUGUAUUAUCAAUUAUGUAUUGCUUAUCUAUAUAUAAUGUGCUACUGUUUAGUGAUGUCACAA